AUGAAGAACGCCCACUGCGAGGACGGAGGAGUACAACUUGAAGGCUCCCAAAUCGUGGAAACUCCGUCAUACGUAUACCUCGGACGUUCCGUGAACAUGGAAAACAACUUGAAGGAAGAACUGAAUAGAAGAAUGAGAGCAGCAUGGGCAGCAUUCGCAGCCGUCAGGGAAGCUACGGACCAACUGACGGACCAAGAUGUUCGUGCCCAUCUGUUCGACUCGACAGUCCUUCCAGCGCUCUGUUACGCAGCGGAGACGUGGGCAGACACCGCGGCCACGUCUAGGAAGCUACUUACCACCCACAGAGCCCUUGAGAGAUGUCUCCUGAAGUUUAACCGGUGCACACAACACCUAACCGGUCUUCGCAGCUCCGAGCUAAGAGGAAUGUCCCGUCUUCGCUACCCAGUGGAAUAUAUAUCGAAAGCAAAGCAUAGGUGGGCCGGUCACAUUAUGAGAAGAAUCGACGAUAGAUGGACUAAAAGAACGCUAGAGUGGAUCCCAAGAGAUGCUAAACGCCCUCGAGGGAGACCGCCAACGAGAUGGGGUGACGCGUUCGCUACACGGAUGGACCAGCUGAGAGCUCAGCUGGAUACGGCUCAAGGACCUCGUCAACGUCACUCACGAAACUUGAGAACACCUUGUAUGACAAUGGCGAGGGAUCGAAACGAGUGGAAAAGAUGCUGGGGCUGCACGUCCGGUGAAGGCGGGCCAUAUAAGUAUCUAAGUAAGCUCAUACCUGUGGAUAAGAUUUGUGUUUUCUACCUGUUUAGGAUUCUAACUGUCAAAGCAUUUAGAACGUCACGUGGUGGUCUCAUCACAUUCCACGGAUUGGGCCAACUUGUGAUAUAUCCUAUUUUUGAGCUUAAACGAGUUGCAGCUCGUCCUAUAGGAGUGCGCCGAUACGUUGAAAUGCUAGAACAGGUUAUCAUAGAUUGCGCAACAGAUGACUUUAACAUCCCAAACGUCGGACGAACCAAACAUACCGGUGUUUGGGUCAGACCUGAUCGAAAACUAGCCGCUCUCGGCAUUGCUGUAUCCCAUGGAGUUUCCUAUCAUGGCUUAGCGCUGAAUUGUAACACCGAUCUGACAUGGUUCGAGCAUGUUGUUGGCUGCGGUAUUGAAGGAGUUGAAGCGACUUCUUUGAGCCGAGAAUGCCAACGAGACGUAUCCAUCCACGAAACACUACCAAAAAUCGUUGCUCAGUUUUCGAGAACGUUCGGAUGCGAAGUUAUAUUGUAA